UCCUGGCUGAAGUAGCCUCAGGACAGGACAGCAGCACGGACAGAGGGGCACUGACAAGGAGGUCCCCGCCUGUCAAAAUGCCCAUCCUGAAGGGUCUAGGGGUGGCAGACUCUAAGAUGUCCCGGGCGGGGACACUGCCCCUGAGGUCCUCUCGGAACCCCUUUGAGGAAGCUUCAGGGCUGGAAGAAGAGGAGGCUGGGGAACGGGAGACCCUGCCCAACGGAACAUCAUGUCGCCGCCGUGCCACCCUGGAGAAGCUGGCAGGCCUGGCCCCCUUCCGGCUGGGCAGAACCCCUGGCCGGCGGGCGGGCAGCCCUGGGGACGGGCAGCCUCGCUCUUUCCUGGGCCGUGUGCUGACACCGGGGAUCCGCAGGAGCUCAGCAGAUUUUGGCUUCCUGGCCAGGCUCCAGGGGGCCCGAGCCCACGGCGACGAGGAGGCGGCUGGGGAGGCUGCGCGGAGACUGGCCUUCCUGAGACUGGGGCGCGGGCCCAAGCCCCGGCGCGCGUCACUGGCUGAGAGGGUGGUGCCCGCAGGCGAGGCGGCUCCCGAGCCCCCGCCCAAGGUCCCGGAGCCCCCAAAGAUGAAGGAGCCGUUGUCAGUGCUGGAGAUCCUGAGCUUGAUCCAGCAGCGCGAGCUCGCGCGGGCCGACGAGCACAUCUUGGAGCUGGAGGCUGAAGAGCUGGCGUCGUCGGGGGGUGGCGCGCCCGGCCCGCCCAAGGCCGAGGGCGCGGGCGGGGGCCGCCGGGCCCGGGACGUGGCUCUGCUGUACGAGGCCCUGCAGCGCGAGAUGUGGGCGCUGGUGCGCGAGACGCUGGCGGGCCCCGGGCCGGGCGCAGGCGCCGGGCCGGGCGCCGUGGCGCAGCUGGGACAGGUGCUGGUGCAGGAGGAGGCGGCCGACGGGCGCCGGGGACCCGAGGCGGCCCGCAAGCUGCGCGCCCGCUGGGCGGAGGCGGUGGCGCGUGCGGCCCGGGAGCGCCUGGAGGCGGCGGCGCCAGGGGCGCCCGGGGGCCUGGCCGGGCAGCUGGAGGCGCUGCGGGGGCGGCUGCUGGAGGACAUGGGCGUGGUGCGGGGCCGCCUGGCGCCCUCCUACCCCGCCGGCCUGGGCGCCUUCGGCGUCUACCUGCGCGGCUACCACGGCGCGCUGGCCGAGUGGAUCGGGACCGCCGCCCGCCGGAGGCUGCAGCUGGCCGACCGCUACGCGCUGCUGCACUGGCACAACCAGGUGUACCCCAGAGAGGUCCUAGGUCUGGUGGACAUGGUCGCCCUGGAAAAUGGGGAGCUGGGGCCCCUUCUGUCCCCCGGCACCCUUCGUGGCUUGGAGGAUGAAUGUGUCACAGACGUUAAGGCUCAGACACGGGCGGCCCUGCUUCGAGUGCUGCAGGAGGACGAGGAGCACUGGGGAAGUGCGGAGGACCGGUCCAGCAGCCUGGCACAGGAUGUGUGUGAGCUGCUGGAAGAGCACACAGAGCGAGCGCCCCGCAUCAGCCAGGAGUUUGGGGAGCGGAUGGCCCACUGCUGCUUGGGGGGGCUGGCAGAAUUCCUGCAGAGCUUCCAGCAGCGCGUAGAACGAUUCCAUGAGAACCCAGGAGUCCGGGAGCUGCUACCCGACACCUAUAUCAGCAGGACCAUCUCCCUGGUCAACUGUGGGCCCCCCCUGAGGGCUCUGGCGGAGCGCCUGGCCCGGGUGGGACCCCCUGAGAGUGAGCCGGCCCGGGAAGCAGCAGCCGGCGCUCUGGACCGAGUGACCCGACUCUGCCACCGCAUCCUGACCGACCUGCUGUUCCAGGAGCUGCAGCCGCACUUCAGCAAGCUGAUGCGCAGGAAGUGGCUGAGCAGCUCGGAGGCCCUGGAUGGCAUCGUGGGCACGCUGGGCGCUAAGGCCCUGGCACUGCGCAGGAUGCAAGAUGAGCCUUACCAGGAGCUGGUGGCCGAGCUGCACCGGCGGGCGCUGGUCGAGUACGUGCGGCCCCUGUUCCGCGGGCGCCUGCGCUGCGGCUCCGCGCGGACCCGCAGCCGCGUGGCCGGCAGGCUCCGGGAGGACGCGGCGCAGCUGCAGAGGCUGUUCCGACGGCUGGAAUCCCAGGCCUCGUGGCUGGACGCCGUGGUGCCCCGUUUGGCCGAAGUUCUGCAUCUGGAAGACACGCCCAGCAUCCAGAUGGAGGUGGGGAUGCUGGUGCGGGACUACCCAGACAUCAGGCGGAAGCACGUGGCAGCCCUCCUGGACAUCCGUGGCCUGCACCACACAGUCGCCCGCCACGAGAUCCUGGCAGUGGCCCGGGACUUGGAACUCUCUGAGGGGGGAACCUUGUCGCCCCCCCGGGACCGUGCCUUCUUUGCAGACAUCCCUGUGCCCCGGCCGCCUUUCUGCCUCAGCCUCCCUCUCUUCCUGGGCCGCCUCUCCCUCUCCCGGCUGGCCUGCCUGCCCUGGCCUCGGCCUCCAUCUCCGUCUCCAUCACGGCCCCGGGCCCAACACUGAGACUCUCCCGGCUCCGCCUCAGUGCCCCCCAUCUCUGCUGCUGACAGACCAUCCUCCCGCCUCCCUGUCUGGGGCCACAGACCCCUGGGCUGGAAAGCUCCUUAGAGGUCUCCUCACCUACCCCCAAACUCCCUGUACAGAAGAGAAACCGGCCAGAAGGAGCAAGGACUUUCCCAAGGCCAUGAAGCCUGUUCCCAGCACCACCUCCCCAGCCCAGUGAGUGGUGGGUGGUGUUCUGGAAGGCUCUACAGAAACAUCCCAGGCCCCCCCUUUCCCCUCACCUCAAGGUCUGGCCUCAAUCCAAUGUAUUAAGGAACGUACGAUACUUAGAAUAAAGAGGUUUCUAUUUAACACAAGGAAGGGCUGAGUCCCCAGUGUGUGGGGGGGAGGAAGGACCCGGGGCAGGGCCCAGGGCCAAGGGCUUCUCACACGCCCAAGGCCGGGCUAGGGUCCAACUCUUGGGCAGGGCAGUGGAGGCUGAGGCAGGCCCUGCAGUGCAGCAGCAGCCGGGCCGCCCUGUUUACGCCAAGUCUCCGAGGCUGCGUGACUCCACAGCGGGCCCUUGGCCUCUCUGAGCCAGCGUCCCUCAUUUUGUCAACCCCAAAGUGCCUUCUUUCCUGGGCCUAGUGGUUCCACCUUGGCAAGCCCCCCCCUCCCCCAUCCGUAGCCGGGAAACUGUAUCAAGAGAGGAAGGAGGUUGGGGGCAGGGCUGGCGGCACCCAGGGCGCCCUCCUGGGUUGACGCAGGAAAAUGUCAGGGUGGGAAAAAUUCCAGCCUCUCACCCCCAGCCCUGCCGGAUCCUGGUCCCCACGGAGACCUUGAGGUCACCUCCUUGCUGACCCCUGCCCCUCCGGCCCAGUUGGACAGCCUGUGAUGGAUGCUUCCUGGCAUGGCUUUUUUUUUUUUUUUUCCUGCGAAGUCGGAAGGAGGCGGCAGCCAGGGGUCAGCGUGGAAGCUGGGGUUAGAACCUCACGCACAUUUGAACUCACGUUUGAAGGUGGGGGCUCGGGACUCUUGGAGCCCCAGGGCUGUGUGACGCCGGACAGGAAGCUGACCCUCUCUGGGCUGUGGUUCCUGUCCCUCCCUGAGGAACUGCUUUACCUCUCUUUGCCCAAGACAAGGUGAGAUGCCCAGAGGAUAUAUGCACCUCACUUGACAUCCUAAAAUGACACUUUCAAUGUCAUUGAUAUACAAGAGAGGAGUUGAGGAAUGAACAUUUUGUACGUAUUUAAUUAAAGAUGUAUUCACCUUGGUUUGGCCGGAUUCUUUUCAGAUUUUGGUGCCCCGCUUAAAAACGGCUGUAUUGAAAUAUAAUUUACACAGCAGACAAUUCAUCCUUUUAAAGUGCACAAUUCGGUUCAAUCACCCCUGCAGUCAAUUUUAGAAAAUUUUCAUCACCCCCUGCAAAGAAACCCUGCACCCCUUAACCAUCAACCCAACCCCUCUAUCCCUCUCAGGCCCUGGUAACCACUGGCCUACUUUUUCUCUCCGUAGAUUUGCCUGUUCUGGACAUUUCGUAUAAAUGGGAUCAUAGAAUAUGUGGUCUUGUGUGUGUCUGUGUUAAGAGCACAACGUGAGAUCUACCCUCUUAACACAUUUCUAAGUGCACAACACAGGAGCGUUAACUACUGGCACAAUGUUGAACAGCAGAUCUUUGAACUUUAACUUUACGCUCAUUAAACAACUCCCCCUCCCCCUUCCCCCCAUCCCAUCUGUUCUCUACUUUGACGAAUCUGAGUAUUUUAAUUUUUUAUUA